AGAUAAAUCCUCAGUCUCGUGUAAUCAGUUUAUUGCGGCUAGGGUUUCCUUCACUCUAAACUAUCUUCCCCUCUCCCACUCCUAUCUCACCACUGCUAGAUCUCUUGAUUUCAUCACACUCAAUCAUGAAUAAAAAUCUCCAUUAACAAUUCGUUUCUGUGAUAAUUUGGAAGUCAGGGUUUUUCCUUUGCUGUUAUUGAGCGAAAGAUGGCCACAGUAAACCCAUUUGAUUUGCUCGGCGAUGAUACGGAGGAUCCCUCGCUGCUUGCUGCUCAGCAGCCGAAGAUCGAGCCGAAAAAGGCCGCUGUAACAUCGGCCAAGCAGCCGCCUCAGGCCAAGCUCCCCUCUAAGCCACUGCCGCCGGCCCAGGCUGUUAGAGAGGCAAAGUCUGAAUCUGCACGAGGUGGCCAUGGCGGUGGUCGUGGAUACAGCCGUGGUCGUGGUGGUGCUGGUGGAGGAUACAGCAGAGACUUUGCAAGCAAUGGAAACUCAUAUGGCAAUAGGGAGGUCUCUGCUCCGCAGGGUGCACCUGACCAGGGUGAUGGAAAGCCUUAUGAGAGACGAGGUGGCUAUGGAGCACCCCGUGGUUCUUUCCGUGGUGGCCGGAGAGGCGGUUACAGCAAUGGAGAAGCUGGAGAAGAAGUGGAGCGCCCUCGUAGGACAUUUGAGCGCCGUAGUGGAACCGGACGUGGAAAUGAGAUGAAACGGGAAGGAUCUGGUCGUGGAAACUGGGGAGCACCUGAAGAUGAACUUGCACCAUUGACCGAGGAAGUUGUCAAUGGAGAGGAGAAAAACCUGAAUGGUGAGAAGCCUCUUGUGGAGGAAAAUGCUGCAGUAGAUGGCGAAAAGGAUGUUGCUAAAGAUGAAAAUGAAGAGAAGGAGGCUGAGGAUAAGGAGAUGACAUUGGAAGAAUAUGAGAAGCUUCUGGAGGAGAAAAGGAAGUCUUUGAUGGCUCUUAAAACUGAAGAAAGAAAGGUUGAUGCAAAAGAGUUUGCCUCUAUGCAACAACUUGCAGACAAGAAAGCUAACGAUGAUGUCUUCAUAAAAUUGGGCUCCGAGAAGGAUAAAAAGAAAGAUUUAGCCGAGAAAGAAGAAAGAGCUAAAAAGUCUGUCAGCAUCAAUGAAUUCUUGAAGCCUGCUGAGGGUGAGAGGUACUACAGCCCUGGUGGCCGUGGGAGAGGCCGGGGCCGUGGACCAAGAGGAGGAGGCUAUGUUGGAUCCAAUGACAGGAGUGGCUUCCAAGCACCGGCCAUUGAAGACCCUGGUCAGUUCCCAACUUUAGGUGGCAAAUGAGAUGUUGGUUGUGCUUCUAAAGCCCCGUAUUAUCAAGUUCGUAUCAACUGGGCUGGAGAAAUACUGGAAUAAUGGAGUGGUCUGUAUCAAAAAAUAUUACAUAUUUAUGCACCACAUGUACGAUUGUGUUCUGAUUCUACAUAGCAUAUUCUCAACUGUUCUAUUUU